UGCUGCGUCACGAUAUGGGGCGGACGAGGCGACGGUGAUGAGGCCCACAACAAGCCGAGUCCGAGGAGGCUGAGGGUGCAGCCGCGGAGCGUGGGGCAGGCAUUGGGUGCGUGUUGUUACUAGGGGCGUUUGGCUUUGCGUCGAAGGUAGAACAAGUAUCAGUGUGUCGGUACAUGGUUGCAGGGUGAAAGGAUCUGGAAGACACGGACUAUAUCUGGCGAGGUCUGUGCAUGGGCGACGCGCUGCUACGCACAUCAUAUUCCAACGCCGGACGCACGCUGCCGCAGUGGGCAUAUAAUCGGAUAAGCGCCUUUUUUUCCCCGCUCCCAAGACAACGCUCAGAAUACAAAAGUAUUAGUUCUGGUGGUAAUACAGGGUGUUUUCAGGUCACUUCAUUAACGACAAAUUCUGAUUUGUUUUGUCUCCUGGGAACUAGCCUACCAAACUAUUUAUUUUAUUAUUAACCAGUAUUGUGAAUCGCACCUUUGCGUCCAGAGGAUGACAGCUGCGCACUGGGCUCAUGUCGCGUGACCGUGUCUUCAAAGAGACCGCUGAGAGUCCUGGACUCAAGCGCGCACACCCACCUCGCCUUCCUACCCUUCGGGGGUCUUUCAUACAAUUUUCCUAGACGCCAUCAACACGGGGACUAAAGCGUUAAGAGGAACGAAACACAUGACUUAAUGAAGGUAGCCUAUACCGUUCAAACCACAAUGGCACCGGACUAAACUACGGGCUAUACGUGCUACUGUGGCACGGGUGAUCGGCGGGUGAGAGGGGCUACAGAGGAGCACGGAGCGAUGCGCCCUUCAUCCCAAGUUUGACAUUCGUUUCACAUUUGAGAAGUUCUCCCGAAGACUCAAGAUAUCACAUCCAGGUUGAGUCUUUGUUCCAUGUGAGAAAGCUGCGUCAUCCCUCGGCAGGUGAUGCAGGCGCUAUGAGCCAAGCAUAAGGUGAGCUUAUUCUCUCCUAUGACUGGAAAGAGGCUGUGAGGCUUGAUGUUUCCGCUAAGCGUUUGAGGUUUCACUAUACGGAUGGAGUCAGCGGACGAUUCGGACGCGCCGUUGGGAUCCACAUUUUCCUCGGUCCCAAAUCUUGAAUCGGACGAAAAUGCAAACGCCAUCGGGCAUAUAUACGAGAAUGGGGCGGCCGACUACAACGUUAACCUACAGAACGAGGCGAUGCGGGGGUCCAGCGACCCCACGGCAUACCCUGCCGCGGACUACCGAGGGAUGGUCCGGCAGCGGUUCAUUCGCCGGAGCCUGUGGUUCUCCGAGACGGAGGACCCGCAGCCCGAGCAGACGGAGAGUCUCCACAGCAGCCCGGUUCUCAGCUUCCAGCUGCGAACCAUCGUGGAUCGAACUAGGAGCAACAGGACGGUGGUUGAGACCCUCAGGGCCACCCAAGAGGACCGGGCUGAGACAGAGGUCUUGGCGGUGGACGCACUGGUGAAGCUCAGCCUGAGCGCCACGGACAGCGUGAACACGGACGAGGACAACGUCUCCAACGGAGACAACAAGGGAGACGUGCCGUCGGAUGUCACCGCAGGGAGUGACGAGAACGAGGAGGAAGCCGGCAUGAAAGCAGUGUCAACCUCACCCGGAGGGCGUUUCCUCAAGUUCGACAUUGAACUUGGGAGAGGGUCUUUCAAAACGGUCUACAAGGGCCUUGACACUGACACGUGGGUCGAGGUGGCGUGGUGUGAGCUGCAGGAACGAAAGCUCUCGAAGGUGGAGAGGCAGCGGUUCAAAGAGGAGGCGGAGAUGUUGAAAGCACUGCAGCAUCCCAACAUCGUUCGCUUUUACGACUUCUGGGAGUCCCCGGUGAAAGGGAAGAAGUGCAUCGUCCUGGUGACGGAGCUCAUGACCUCAGGGACACUUAAAACGUAUCUGAAGCGCUUCAAGGUGAUGAAGCCCAAAGUGCUAAGGAGCUGGUGCAGACAGAUCCUGAAGGGUCUCCACUUCCUGCACACCCGGACCCCCCCCAUCAUCCACAGGGACCUCAAGUGUGACAACAUCUUCAUCACGGGCCCCACGGGAUCCGUCAAGAUAGGGGAUCUGGGCCUGGCCACCCUUAAGAGGGCCUCUUUCGCUAAGAGUGUCAUCGGUACCCCAGAGUUCAUGGCCCCGGAGAUGUAUGAGGAACACUACGACGAGGCCGUGGACGUCUACGCCUUUGGGAUGUGCAUGCUGGAGAUGGCCACCUCCGAGUACCCCUACUCUGAGUGCCAGAACGCUGCGCAGAUCUACCGCAAAGUCACCAGCGGAGUAAAACCCGCCAGCUACUGUAAAGUCAGCGACCCGGAGAUCAAGGAAAUAAUCGGCGAAUGCAUUUGUCAUCGAUGGGAGGAGAGAUACUCCAUCAAGGAUCUUCUGAACCACGCCUUCUUCGCCGAGGACACCGGCGUGAGGGUGGAGCUGGCGGAGGAGGAUGACGGGAAGAAGUCGGCCAUCGCCCUCAAGCUGUGGGUGGAGGACCCCAAGAAGUUAAAGGGGAAGUACAAGGACACCGGCGUCAUCGAGUUCAGCUACGACCUCGAGACGGAGGUCCCGGACGGGGUCGCUCAGGAGAUGGUGGAGUCGGGUUUCUUCCUGGAGAGCGACGCCAAGAUCGUGGCCAAGUCCAUCCGGGACCGCGUGGCGUUGAUCAAAUGGAGACGCGAGCGGACCGUGGCGCCCGGAGAGGGCGAGCCGCCCGCCAAGAAGCGGCAGGCGGCGGACGUCCUACGGGUGCCGGGCGCGGCCCCCGUGCGGCCCGGGGGUGGGGGGGUGGCGGGGGCGGCGGACUGCGACCAGGAGGAGGAGCCACCGGUCGCCGUCUGCUACGUGGUGCCGGACGCGCCUUCCAUGACAUCCGACAGCGCUGUGAGCUCCGCCGUGCAACCUGAUGACAGUCAGCAGAGGGCCGCCGCCUACCCCUCGCUGCCGGAGCCCGCCGUCCAGACGCUGUACAGCCCCCCGUCCCUGCCUGAUCACAUGCCCCAAGAGGCCCUACCGACGCCUACAGCACAGCCCCCGCACGACAGCUACGCACAGGCCUCCACGCAGCAGCAGCAGCAGCAGCAGCAGCAGCAGCAGCAGCAGCAGCAGCAGCAGCAGCAGGCGGCCUACCAGCAGGACACCCAACCACUCCAAGUAGCCUACCAACCGUCUGCACUCCUCGGAGCCCCGGGGCCCUACCAGUCCCCAACACAGCUGCAUUCCAGUGAGUCCUAUAAAUGCCAGGGGGAUCCGCUCCACAAUGAAAGCACUCCGUGCCUAACGCGUGGAUGUGCCUCGUUGGUCUUCCGAUGUCGGACGAUGUCUCUCCCUAUGCAGCAUCCUCCGCACCGCGACCCCUGUCCGAGGAGGGGUCGGGGUCACGCAGCGAGUGUAGAAGCCCAGACGGACACGCUGCACGCUAGUCGCCUCAGCUCAGAAGCUAUCUGUGAAUCUCCCGGUUCCACGUCGCCUCCGUCUCAUACGCACCCUCCCCACCCCCGCUGCCACCACCACCGCCACCGCCGCCCCGGCUGCCGUUAUGACUCUGCAACCCUCCCCGAGGGCGACGCUGCCCCGUGCCUGAGGCCCUCGAGGUGUCCCUCCGGGUGGCGUCUCAGCUCCCAGCGCAGGUCAGAGUCCCCCGACCGCUGCGAGGCCCGCGUGUCCCUCCUCCAGAAGGACGAGUCAGAGGACGAGGGCCAUCUCGUGCACCAGCGCUCCGGGUGUCUCUGCCGAAACCCCGCCACCGACUCGUCCGCGUCGCCCACGUCAACGACAACAACCUCUGGACGUCUGCGCGGUAGCCUGGCAGGAUCCCCGGACCAUUCGCCCUUGCGCGGCGCGUCCGGCUCUUGGAUAGAGCUCAGCCACGCGGGCGUUAACGGCGACGGAGGCCUGGGUCUCCUUCAUCAGUGUCUUCAGAACAUCGUGAGACGCGGCCGAACCUGUUCAAUGAGCCCCCUGGAAACGGGAGCCGCGCAUCUCUCCGCUCGCAGCCGUGAGGCGGACGCCAGCCCGUCCCGGCAAGCCGAGAGGUACGACACGGGUCAGGCGUGGGAGACGGGCCAGCUGUCCCCACGCGGCAGCCAGGGCAGAGCGGGUCCCACGACGGCCGUUUGUGCUCCAGCGGCGGCGUCAGUAUACCAGAGUAGACCCGCAGCACAAAGCUACCUGCCUGCGGACGCCACAGCUCAACCACCGCACGCCGCCCUGCCCAGCCACGAGCAGUAUCAUGUCCAAACAACUGGUAUCCCUCCCCAGUCAUCCGCCGCUCAGGCAAUACCUCACCUCAGUCCGCCUGACACGACGACCAGUUUCUCCCGGCCCUUCUCCAACGCUCAUCCCACUCUUCCUCCUCUUCUUCUGAACCCACAGUUUCCCUCACCAUACCCUAACACUCCCCCGCUGGGCUACGAGCCCCCUUCCGGUCCCCCCACUCCUCUUUCAUCUGCCUACAUGCCCCCCGGCACCCCCCACUACCCACCCAGGGCCCCGCCCCCCUCCCUGCCCCUCAUCCUCAACGCCGCCCUGCCGGACACGCCAGCGCUCGGCACGCCGCUGACCCCCGUGUCUGUGUCCGGGUGGGUGCCCCCGCCUCCGCGUCUCCCCGCGCCGACGCCCCCCCCCUCGGGCCCCCCCGGGGGGGAUCACGGGUACCCCUCCAUCUCCCAGCCCAACUUCUGCCCCUUCCAUCUCACCCAUACCCUGCCUCUCUCCCAGGUGCAACCCGCCCUUUACCCCGCCCCCAACCCUGAGCAGGAAUGGGCAGAGCCGCCUGUCAAGGUGCAAGCGGGGCCUACCCAGGAGGGCCGGGGACAUGUUCACGGCCUGGCUCAGAACCAGCCCCCGGCACUGGCCCUGGAGACCUCCGCCUGGGGAGGCGGUUUGCAGGCGGAAGCUGCUGCUGCUGCUGCAGCCGGUCUGGACCUAUCUGCAGUGUCCUCCUUGAACCUCCCUGCCCCGGCCCCGAGCCAGCCCAGCUCCGCUCAGGGGGCAUCUCAAGCCCCUGCCUUAGCGCAGGCUCCAGGGCCGGGCCAAGGUACGGCCCUGCCCCACCACCACGCCCCACCGCCCGCCUCUGGCCCGGUUCAAGGCCUUGCAUCGGUGCCGUCCGCCGCCUCGGCCUUACCUCUGACCCACCCGCAGACCAACGCCGGCCGCCCCGUGUUGCCUACGUUAACUACAACCCAAAGCCCUAGCGCAUAUUGUGCUGCAGGCCAGCCUUCCUCCCUGGCCCCGGGUCUGAUCUCCGUCGCCGCGGGUCCGGGGGAACAGCCAGUGCCUGUUCAGCUCGCUGUUGAGCAAGCUGUCCCAGCACCAGGACCUCGUCCAGCUCUUCAGUCGGCUGGCAUGCAGACGACUCCCCAGGCUCCUGAUGCGGCCCUGGUUGCAACUCAGCAACAUUUAGACUCUGCACCAGCGUCUGCAGCGCAACAAACAGAGCCGGCUGCGGAGGAAGUGCUUCCAGAGAAGCCAAUACUUUUACCCAAUUAUGCUUAUGAAAGCACCCACUCCGACGUGGCGUCGGGCAAGGAGACCAGCGACGGCUGUGAGGGUCUGGCCGCCGGCGUGCGGACGGACGGAAAACACCGGAAGCACCACCGCAAGUCUUCCCGCACACGCUCCCGCCAGGAGAAGAUCAGCAAACCCAAGCUCAGCAUGCUGAACGUGGUGAACAAGGGGGACAAAAUGGUGGAGUGCCAGCUGGAAACGCACAACCACAAAAUGGUGACGUUCAAGUUCGAUCUGGACGGCGACGCUCCAGAGGAAAUCGCCACAUAUAUGGUAGAAAAUGGCUUCAUCUUACACGUAGAGAAGGAGAUCUUCAUUGACCAGCUGAAGGACAUCGUGGACAAGGCUGAGGACAUGCUGAAUGAGGACGGUGUGGAAGGAGAAACCGUCUCCACAUUGGUCGGAAGUCCCCAACUAGGCCAGAUUGAAGGGCUAAUGAGUGAGAAUCAGCCUCCCGGGGUGUCACAGCCGGUCUAUCAGCAGAAUGUUCUCCAUACAGGAAAACGCUGGUUUAUAAUCUGCCCCGUGGAGGAGACCCCCACAUCCAGCCAGGAGACCCCCUCCGAGGCCACCACCACCCCCGGGAGCUCAGCCGCCACCCAGCCGGCCGAUGGGGGCCCCCCGGGGCCCCCCACCACCAGAGACGAGGGUGGCCAUCGCCACGGCUCCUCCUCCACCAUGUCCGGGGGCAGCGGGGGCUUCAUCUACGACGGCUACGCCUUCUGCAGCCCCCCCAUCAUGUCCAACACGGACCCCCUCCUGCUGGCCGCCCUGUCUCCUCCCAUCUCGGCGCCGCCCUCGCUCCAGUCGGAGGAGCCUCACAUGCAGCUCCCCCAGCCCCCCGGGGGUCUGGCCUCCCUGGGCCCCCUGGACGAGACCCAGGCCCCCCCCCCGCCGCCGCCGCCGCCGCCGCCGGCCCCCGGGUCCCCGGGGCAGCACGCCGCCCAGCAGAUGACGGAGAUGGCGUGCACGGCCUCCAUGGUGGACGAGGUGCCCUGCUGCCCGCUGGUCAUGCCCCUGUCCCUGGACGUGAGGGCGUCGGAGCCCCCGCCGGCCCCGCAGGAGGCCGCCAUGCCCCCCCCCUCCUACGCCUCCUGCUCCUCCACCAAGGUGGAGCGCUCUGCUGCACCUCCUCCACCUCCUCCUGCUCAGCAGCAGCAGCAGCAGCAGCUGCCCGUGGUGCUCCACCAGCCCUUCUCCAGCGUGGCGGGGGCCAAAGGCUCCUCCCUCCCCCAGAGCCCGGGGCCGACCCAGCUGCCGGCGGGGCCCGGCGAGUCGGACGGGGAGGGGCGGUUGGGCCGCGGAGGCGGCGGCGGCGGCGGCUUCGUGGACAGCACCAUCAAGACGCUGGACGAGAAGCUGAGGAACCUGCUGUACCAGGAGUACGCACCCAUGUACCCGUCGGGGACCGCCGCCGAGACCCCCGGCUCGGGGACGGAGUACGUCCAGUCGCCCCCCGGGCCGGACAGCGCCGCCGGGACCCCGGGGCCCAUGGGAGAAGGGCGGUACCGCGCCGGGGAACAGCUGCCCCAGAUCCCGGAGAGGAUGGACAGCCUGAGCACCCUGAGUGACUCGGCAGUCUGUGCUCCCCUCUCCCGGAGACACGUCCCUCACUCCGCCUCCUGCUGCGGAACCAGAGGCCGCUUCAAGCAGCAGAUGAUCCCCGUGGCCCCCGAGGUGGUCCCCAGACAGGACGUCAAGCUGAGGAGCUGGAGCACGGCCACCUCCCCGCCGCACCCCAGCGGCGCGGAGCUCGCGGACGCCGGCGGCGUGGCUGGCGCCGCCGCCACCCGGAUCGGCCGCUUCUCCGUGGUGAGCACGGAGGACGAUCUGACGCAGAGGACCUGCAGCAGCCGCUACUCGGCCCCGCCCGACUUCUACCUGGACACGCCCCCUCCCCUGGCCAAGCGGCCCGCCAUCCCGCACUCCCUCACCUCCGCCGCCGGGCAGCAGGACGCCACUGCGCACGCCCGCUUCCUGUCCUCGGACUCGGGCGCCGAGAGCAGCCCGGUGAAGCUGGCCUACUCCACGCCGUCCCGCCACGCGCGCUCUGAGCGCCGGGGGAGCGACCUCAUGAAGAGGGCGGUGGCCUUCCUGCGGCGCCCGGGCCGCAGCAGCAGCGUGCAGAGCUCUGAUUCGCCGAGCCGCCGCACGGGCCACCCGGGCUCCGCCUACGGCAGCAGCGACAACGACUCGGAGAUGGAGGAGUCGGACAUGAAGAGAGAACUGCAGAGGCUGCGGGAGAAACAUCUGAAGGAGAUCUCUGAGCUGCAGGCCAAUCAGAGGGGAGAAGUGGAACUGCUGUAUCACCGCCUUGGCAAGAACCCUCCGCCCGGCCAUUCACACACAGCGCCCCCCACUGGCCGCAGGAGGAGGUCCAGUAAGCACAAACUCAAAGCUGGAAAACUCCUCAGCCCCCUGGUGCAGCAGUUUAAAAACGUUACGACUAAAAUGAGCGACAGUAAUAAAGCCAGUGGAGGUGAACCGGCGGUGAGUUUGAACGGGUCUCCAGCCAAACUCUCUCUCCCCACACACAGCCGUACUCAGUCUGGCACCGGCCACCUGCCCAGCCCCCCUUCAGAGCCCGUUCAAACCCAACAGCCGUGCUCGCUCAAGGGCUCCCUGUCCUCGGAUAAUAUUUACACCGGUCUCCAUGGUGAGAUGACCUCAACGCAACCUCCCCCCGGACAAGGUGAUCGCACGACACUGUGCUGGUCUAAUAACCCUCCACCAUCUGAGAGAGUGACCCAUAAAUCGAGUAGCAAGCCAAGAGCUAGAUUUCUCAGUGGGCCUGUGUCUCUGUCCAUCUGGACAACACUCAAACGGUUGUGUCUCGGCAAGGAACGGGGCAGGUCUGGUGCAGGGCCGGGGGCUUCAUGUCAUCCGCCCGGCCAGCCGGCGGCCACUUCAACACCCCCACCCCACCAGCCGGUGGGGGGCCCGGCCCAGUCCCAGGUCAACAACAGCAACAACAAGAAGGCCAGCUACUGCGGGAACUGGAUGGGCAUCAGCGAGGGCUGUCUGACCGAUGAGCUCCAGCUGCUGAUGGACAACUGGGCCCAGGAGGUGCUGGUGGUCACUCAGAGACCCCGCAGCAACUCCCUCAGACUCACCCAGGAGCACGUCUGCUCUGCACACAUGGUCCACACCCAGACUCUGGAUAGACAGGUUCCACCGCGGACGGCCUUAGAUCCCGCUCGGGGCCGGCAGCAGCAGCUCCUCCAGUCCUGGCCAAUGGGUGACCGGCGUUCCUCGGCCACGCUCAGCCAGCCCGGUGCCGCCGCCGCCGCGGGCUGCCGGCCCGGCUACCCCCUCGACCUGUCCUCGCCCCUCUGUGUGACGCAGUGGCCGAGCCCCCUGGCACCCCUCCCCGCGGGGGUGUUCGCCUUCCCCGGGGUGCCCUCCCCCGCCACCCAGCACCCCCCCUUCGAGGCCCCCGACCCCAAAACGAGGACUCUGUAACCUUAGUGGCGACCUCCAUCCACCACGACACAAAGAAAAGAAGAGAAAAAAAAUCGAGCGCUAGACGAACUGCAGUGUAUAUGCUGUAGGCAUUUAACCAGCAUGUGUGUUCGUAGUGCCCCCCCCCCCCCUCCAAGUGUACAUAGCCUAUCAUACGUCUUGAGUUCUACUUGAUCUACUUAGCAUACACAUACCUCAUGUUUUGCACACAUGUGCAAAACCAUUGCUAGUAGUCGGAUAUCUAAAAGUAAUAUAAUUAGAAUGUUUUAGGUUUUAUGAAUUAUCGUAUGCUCAUUUAGAACCGUUAUGUGCUUCUCUAGACUACAUGGUUGGUUCGUACUUCCAAUUCAAGUGCGGCACUUGAGAUUUCUAUUUAAAAAUCGGUUUAUGUUUUGUGCCCAUGAUAGCCAUGUGUCUCUAAGAGGACAUGUAUAUAAACUUCCAAAUGGUGUGUACAUAGCCUGUGUGUUUGUACAGUUAGCAUCAGAUAUCUUAAUACAUCACUUGCUAUAGGUGUUGCAGAUUACGAUUGCAACGGCACCAAGGCAUUCUCCGAUUGCAACAUUAGUGAAACGGUCCGUCACCGCCAAACCAUCACUGUGAAGCCUCGUCCUUCCGGUCCUUUCUUCAACGUAUAUGACUGGCUGCGUUCCGCUGCCCGAUGCGAUAGCUUCCUGCUCUUAUUCUUUUAUCGCUCACAGCACAACAACAACCAUUUGAAAUGUCCUCAACUGAAAGAACUUGAACUUUACCGUCAGGUGACAUAUUCCUGAGAGAGUGCCUUGAAAUGCAGUUUCAGUUUUUCCCCGAGAACAAAAUUGGAUAAUUUAAAAUAGAAUAGAAAAAAAACGGUUGAUUUGAAUGGGCUCUUGAAAAUAAUGUAUCUUUAAUGUAACACUGUAACAAUGUAUCUUUGAUUCAAUUUAAGUGGAAUUCAAAACCAUGAUUUGCCCCCAAAGCAUUUCCUAAAAUGUCCCAAAUUUUGGUAAUAUGAAUACUAUCUUAUGAACUGAUAUUAUUCACUGAUAUCAGGCACCUUAUUGGUAGCCUCUAGGAUAUACCUGUAAUGUUAACCAAGUGCCACAUAGCCUGCAUUAUCCACUGUAAUUCUGAAAGUGCACUGGAGGUGGGUAUUGUGAAUGAUGCCAUGGCAGAGUGGUCUUAGUUGGUCCAAUGAGGACGGGUGAAGGGUGAAGUGGUCUUGGUUUGUCCAAUGAGGACGGGUGAAGGGUGAAGUGGUCUUGGUUUGUCCAAUGAGGACGGGUGAAGGGUGAAGUGGUCUUAGUUGGUCCAAUGAGGACGGGUGAAGGGUGAAGUGGUCUUGGUUUGUCCAAUGAGGACGGGUGAAGGGUGAAGUGGUCUUAGUUUGUCCAAUGAGGACGGGUGAAGGGUGAAGUGGUCUUAGUUUGUCCAAUGAGGACGGGUGAAGGAUGAAGUGGUCUUGGUUUGUCCAAUGAGGACGGGUGAAGGAUGAAGUGGGAGUUUCUCCUGAACCAUCACCAUUCUACAUCUUGACAACGCCAAUAGCUUUAUCUACAUUGUUGCCUUUGUGAUUUUAUUCAAUUAUAGAAUGGGAAAAAUGGAUUGAUGGUUUGUCUUAAAAGCAAUAUGAAAGACCAGAAUGUGCGAUGGGUGAGCAAGAAUAUGAUAUUUCAAUCCCAAAUGUGGCUUGAAUAGCUAAUUAGAUACAAGACGGCUGCCUUUAUUUGGAGGUUCCAAAACCGAAUAUGAAACUAGCCUAAAACAUAACGAAUGACUUGCAAUUCGUUAUUUUCCACCAUCAAUUAUACACCGAGAAUAGAAUCACAAUCCCAGAAGCUGAGCACGUGCAUAUACUUCUGAGUGUUAUGUGAAUGAGGCAGACCUUUCUUCAGGUCAGUGAUUCAUGAUAUUUGAGUAGAUGGCCGAACAGGUUUUGAUCUUUGUAUGUUUACUGCACGACACUUUUUGCCCAAUAAGAUUACUGCUGAACUAUUCAAAGUAUGUCAGCAUUGUAGCCCCCUGCAUAGUAUGCAGCUAGAUUGGUUUAAAAAGUAUUCCUCUCUUUUGGCGUAAUAUCUUAAUUGAAGUGAAUACAGAUAUGUAGCUUUUCACAAACAUGUCACCUAUGCAGCUCUUCAUUUCUUAAAUAUGACUAUUGCUUGCCGUUAAAGCUCUAUGUUUGAUUGCAUUCUCUCUUUUCAUACACUGUGCAGACCUGCAGUAUCCCAUUUGCUGUAAAUAGGCUACUUAAAAGACAAUAAAUAUUUUUUUUGCCUGA